CCCCAGCCGUGUCGUCGCCCCAAGAUGGAUGCACUCAUGAAGGGCUUCUCCAUGGCCAAGGAGGGGGUGGUGGCGGCCGCCGAGAAGACCAAAGCCGGCAUGGAGGAGGCUGCGGCCAAGACCAAGGAAGGGGUGAUGUAUGUCGGUAACAAAACAAAGGAGGGUGUUGUGUCAUCAGUAAACACUGUAGCCAACAGGACCGUAGACCAGGCCAACAUCGUGGCGGACACGGCAGUCAGCGGCGCCAACGAGGUGUCGCAGGCCACCACGGAGGGCGUGGAGAACAUCGCCGCGUCCACCGGGCUCCUCAACCAGGAGGAAUCUAUUAAUGAGGGAGAAUAUGGUGGGAUGGAGCAAGGAGGUGAUGGAGGACAGCAUUAA